UGGAGAGGGCGGGAAGCUGGUCUUCAUGAAGACGCAGAGUGUUUGUGACACAUGCACGGCCCGUCUGCAGGGAGCGACCACGGCCAGCAAGCAGCAGGAGGAGGAGGAGGAGGGGGAGGAAGAGGAAGAGGAGGCCCGGUCCGCCGCCUUUAUCUGGAUGCCAUCAAGGAGCGACAAGAAGAGACACUGAAGGACUUUCAGGAUGAUUUCCCAGUGAUGCUCAACAUCCUGAAAGGAUGAGCACAGAUGAUGCUUCUGGAUUUCUACAUUGGUAUAGGAACACAUAUACAAGGUUGGAAAUAUGCAAAGAAGAUUCCGUGUUGGAUUAGAGGACUUGGGAAUAUGUUUUUACCGAGAGAGUGCCAGCACUGGAGUCAUGGACCCUGACAGAGAUGUGCUGUUGGCUCACCUGGCCCAAGCAGGAACACAUGCGCUUGGAUCUUCUCCCCGGGAACUGUUUGUUUGUUCCGAAAUGGAGUGAGUUAUUUGUCUCUCUCAUCUGUGGCUCGCGUGGAAAAUAAGCAAUCAAAACAACACCAAAAAAAGACGGCCCCCGAGCCUCUGAGGGGCACCUAAAUGCAUCGUGGGUGGCGUCCACUUUGAACACUGAGGUGUCGGUUGAAUCAGCCUCAAUGGACGCCGGGAGUGACCCGGUUUGACCCCAUCCUGCCCCCGCAUCUCGAUCCCUCCUUCCCAGGUUUGAUCUUGCAGUGACUUUUGACCUCACCGGUCCUGGCUCUCCACCUGCUCUGCUGCCUGGGUUCCGGAACGCUCCGCCCUGGGGCCCAGAACGAGCCAAUCAGGAUGAAGAAGAGCCGUAGCGUGCUGUCAGUGACAGGAGAAGAGGGCGAUGACACAGACAUAACGGUUGCCGGGGAGAAGGCAGAGUCGCCACGCUACAGCCGAUCCUACACGUCUGGGGCCACGCUGGGGGCGGAGCUACGCAGGGGGAGGAGCAGGAGACUGUCAUCCAGUCUCCAGGUUCCCUGCUGGCUCCGCCCUCGUGACCGCACUCGCUCACCAGAGGUCCUUGGCAAUGUGUCGCGUCCCACAACGCUCCCCCUCCGCAUCCCGCCGCGCAUCUCCAUCACACAAGCCGACGCCGACAGCUAUGAAGGAGAAAAUGGCAUUUCCCCCGCUCACACGCCACUGGGCUUGCAGAGUCCAGGCCUCACCCUGCACACGUCCUUCCCUCAAAGCCAGAGGAGGGAGUCCUUCCUCUAUCGGUCAGACUCAGACUAUGAUAUGUCGCCCAAGACGGUCUCGCGGAACUCUUCUCUGGCUAGCGAAGGGCACACAGCAGAGGACUUCAUCGUUACUCCUUUUGCUCAGGUUCUGGCCAGUCUGAGAUCAGUGCGGAGCAACUUCACCAUCCUCGCCAAUGUCUCCACUCCCACAGUCAAGAGGUCACCAAUGAGUGGCAUGUGUGUCAGUCCCAGGGCCACGCUGUCGGACCAGCAGUACCAGCAGCUCGCCUUGGACACGCUGGAAGAACUGGACUGGUGUUUGGACCAGCUUGAAACGAUCCAGACGCACCGCUCCGUCAGCGAGAUGGCAUCCAACAAGUUCAAGAGGAUAUUGAACAGAGAGCUGUCCCACCUGUCUGAGAUGAGUCGUUCAGGCAACCAGGUAUCAGAGUACAUCUCCAGCACCUUCCUGGACAAGCAGAACGAAGUGGAGAUCCCCUCUCCGACACUGAAAGACAAACCAAUGAGUCAUAUCAGUGGCGUGAGGAAGCUGUCCCACAGCUCCAGCCUGUCCAGCACCUCCAUGCCUCGCUUCGGAGUUAACACAGACCACGAGGAUGAGCUCGCCAAGGAGUUGGAAGAUUUGGACAAGUGGAGCUUCAACAUAUUCCAAGUUGCCGAACUGUCCAACAACAGACCUCUUAGCUGCAUCAUGUACGCCAUCUUCCAGGAGCGAGAGCUUCUGAAGACCUUCCGCAUCCCCGUCGACACCUUUGUCACUUACGUGAUGACCCUGGAAGACCAUUACCAUGGCAACGUGGCGUACCACAACAGCCUCCAUGCUGCAGAUGUCACGCAGUCUACACAUGUGCUGCUCUCCACCCCCGCUCUCGAUGCUGUCUUCACCGAUCUCGAGAUCUUAGCCGCCCUUUUCGCUGCAGCCAUCCACGAUGUCGACCAUCCUGGAGUUUCCAAUCAGUUUCUCAUCAACACCAACUCCGAGCUGGCCCUUAUGUACAAUGAUGAGUCUGUCCUAGAGAACCACCACCUGGCUGUGGGCUUCAAGCUCCUCCAUCAGGACAACUGUGACAUCUUCCAGAACCUCACCAAGCGGCAGCGGCAGAGCCUUCGCAAACUCGUCAUCGAUAUUGUUUUGGCAACAGACAUGUCCAAACACAUGACCCUGCUGGCUGAUCUGAAAACCAUGGUGGAGACUAAAAAGGUGACCAGCUCUGGUGUGUUGCUGCUGGAUCAUUACAAUGAGCGGAUGCAGGUCCUAAGGAACAUGGUGCACUGCGCCGACCUGAGCAAUCCUACCAAGACCUUACCGCUCUACCGGCAGUGGACGGAGAGGAUCAUGGAGGAGUUUUUUCGCCAAGGCGACAAGGAGAGGGAGCGCGGCAUGGAGAUCAGCGCCAUGUGUGACAAACACACUGCCUCUGUGGAGAAGAGCCAGGUGGGUUUCAUUGACUAUAUUGUGCACCCGUUGUGGGAGACAUGGGCCGACCUGGUGCACCCGGACGCCCAGGAGCUUCUGGACACAUUGGAGGAGAACCGGGAGUGGUACCUCAACACCAUGCCUCAGUCUCCAUCCCCUCCACCGGACAGGCACCUGCACCACGACCGCUUUCAGUUUGAGCUCACACUGGAAGACCUGGAGCACAACAAUCACAACCAUGUGCACACCAGGAGUAGCGCUGGAUGUGGGCGGGGCCCCCGCGGCCUGAGAACCCCCUGCCAUGAUGGCCAGGCCGACAGGGAGGAUGAGAAGAACCACAACAGCGAGCAAAAUGGAGUUUGUGAUGAUGGAGAGGAGGAGGGGGAUGAAAAAACUGCAGAAGAGCAACGAGAAGAUGCAGAAAGUGAAGAUAAUGCCGGAGGGGAAAAGGAACAGGAAGGGGAGGGUGAGGAUGAAGGGGAAACUGAAGAUGGAGCACCAGAGGACAGAAAGGAAGGAGAGGAAAAUGUGCAUGGAGAAAUGAAUGAGACUGCAGGAGCUGGGAAUGUGGAGGAAGAAGAUGAGUCACAAGGGAAUUUGGAGGAGCAGGAAGAAGGGAAUGAGGAUGAAACAAAAGGGAAUGUGGAUGAUGAAGAGCAGGCAGAGGAGACUGUGGAGGAUGAGGCUGAAGGGAAUGUGGAAGAGCCAGAAGUGAAUGAGAAUGAUGAGGCAGAGGGAAAUGUGGAGGAAGAAGAUGGAAAUGUGGGAGAAGAGAUGGUGAAAGGAGAUGAGGUUGAAGAGAACACUGAAGAGGAAGCAGAGACUAAAGAGGAAGUGGAGGAGGUGGAAGCGGAGGAUGAGGAGAAAGAAGAGCUGGAAGAUGAAGAGAAGGAUGGAGAUGCAAACGAGGAGGAAGAGAGUUAGUAACAUCCAAACCUAACAGGGUCAAAUGAGGCGAUACAGAUGUAAUGGUGCAAGAGCAAGGGUCAGCCUAUCAACCACAUGCUCCACCCACCUGAACAUGUGACAAUGCGCAGUUUGGUCAGAGUUUGUGAGGUUUGCACUCACCUCAGACUGCAGUGGAGUGGACGCUUGGUCAGAACCUCAGCAAGCAGAGGCACGAAAAGGGUUAAACCUAUUUUAUUGACCUUUUCACAGGGUCACAAUGUAACACGUUCAUGCAAAUAAGUUUGUGCCUGUUCUCCCGAGCUCACUAACUAUACUUCCCAUUGUCUUCUGUGUCGUUCUAUGAGGAAGAUGCCACACAGGACAUCCAGACCACACAACACUUGUUCUGUUUGUCCUAAAACAAAAAGCAAAAAAAUGUGAAAUCUGUUGUCUUAUUUUUACACUUGUAAAGUGGAGCAGUACUGUAAAGAAAAUCAUGUGUAAAAAAAUAAUAAUUUGCAGGCAAGUGAACAACACCCUGUACCCACAGGUCGGGCGGCAGGGCAAAUUGUGCCAAAGUGAGCCACGAGCAGCAACAAGAGAAGCAAUGCAUUGUGGGUCCAGGCUCAAGGUGUGACGGUCUUCCAAAAAUCACGUUUUUGUAAAAAAAAAAAAAAUAAA